UACACAUUUGUGAUUUUGCCAUUGUUUAAGAAUAAUGAAACCUCAAACAGAGUUGUCUCAUGACCAUGUCACCCUUAACAUAGAGAACAAGCUCUCCGAACUCCACGAUGCCCAGCAAGAGCCCUUCAUCUUCAAAGUCUUCGAACGAUACCGAAAGCAAAACAAGAGAGCUUACGAGCCAGAGUUGCUAGCCAUCGGACCCUACAACCGAAGCAAUACUGUUCUUAUCCAGACCAUGGAAGAGCACAAGCUCCGGUAUCUUCAAUUGCUUCUUGCUCGACGAGGAGAAUCUAGCGUAAAGAGGUAUGUGGAAGCUAUCCGCAACGAUGAGGAAAAGGCGAGAAGAUGCUACGCGACCGCGUUUGGACUAGACACGGACCAGUUCGUGGAAUUGUUGGUCGUGGAUGGCCUCUUUAUAGUAGAGCUUUCCCGGAAGUUCUCAAACCAGAAACUGGUGGAUAAGCAUGAUAUCAUAUUCAAGUUGAGUUGGAUCCAUCACGUUUUAUGGCGCGAUAUGCUGUUGUUCGAGAAUCAAAUCCCGUUUUUUGUAGUGGAAAAGUUGUUCGAGAUGACGAGAAGCCAAGGAGAAUGCGGGGAUAAUGACAAUAUGGUUUAUUUAUUAAUGUGGUAUUACUAUACCACAAGGGGGUAUUAUCACUACCACACCAAGUCCUCGGGCCAUAACGAAUGGAUGCUGAAAGCCGUGAAAGGUGUUAAGUCCGAAAAAGUGAAGCACGUUCUCGGCCUCAUUCACAUUCUCACAACAAGUUCAUUCACCGAGGAUCCCUCAAAAAAUAACCAAGAUAACAAAAUGUUGAAGAAGUGGGAAUUCAUCGACAACAUAACAGAGUUACACGAGUCGGGUAUCAAGUUCAAGGCAAAACACGAUUCUUGUUUGUUCGAAGUGACGUUUGAAAACGGGACUCUUGAAAUUCCUCUCCUAACUAUCGAGGAGAAGACCGAAGGGUUGUUGAGGAACUUUAUCGCGUACGAACAAUGCCAAGACUCAAACAUUCCGAGGGUCGUAACCGACUAUACAACGAUGUUGUACUGUCUCAUUAAGUCGUCCAAGGAUGUUGGCUUGUUAAGGAAAUGCGGAAUAUUAAACAACCUUAUAGGGGAUGAUGGGUCGGCGUCGGGCGUGAUCAGUAGCCUGUCGAGUUCAGUGUUUGUUUCCCAUGACGGGUUCUGCUACAAGGAUGUUUUUAACGACGUAAACCAUUAUUAUAGGCGACGGCGAAAUAUAUGGAAAGCCAAUCUCAGGAAACAUUACUUCAAUACUCCAUGGGCCGUAAUCUCAUUUCUUGCUGCUGUCGUGCUUCUACUACUAACGUUUACACAAACGUUAACAUCCCUUCUCCCUUUUUUUGGACAUUCCCCUCCAUCCUAAAUCUUUGCGUCUAAACUUAAAAUGACAUUUACCGGCGCAUAUUUGCGUCGACCUACGUUGCGCGCAAACAUUUAGUGGCGUUUAUUUUAUGCGUCAGUAGAGCUUAUUUUGACAAUUUAGUAAAUUUUCUCUAAGUUCUACCGAUGAUAUAG